CAUUCUACAUUCAAACCACAAAGCUUGCGACUUCCGUUUUCCGUACAAAACAUUCUCUGCUCAUCUACCUCCACAAACUCAACCUGUGUCCAGCACCAAGCUCAAGAAAACCUCCGCUACAAUGGCUUUCACCGCUAGCGACAUCUGCAAGAUCAUCUUUGCCAUCAUCUUGCCCCCGCUCGGCGUCUUCCUCGAGCGCGGCUGCGGCGCCGACUUGCUCAUCAACAUCCUCCUGACUAUCCUCGGUGAGUUAUCCUGCUUCCUUUCUGGUGCUUUAUCCCUGGGAACUACCCUCCGCUAACGCAAUUCCCCGUCAGGUUACAUUCCCGGCAUCAUCCACGCCCUGUAUAUCAUCCUGAAGUACUAGAAGGGCCGAACCGAUGAAGUCCACGAAAUGUUGCCCCGUUGAGCCGUGGCACGGUAUCGGGGGGGCGGACCAGGCAUUGAGAGCUGGAAUGCUCGGGGGAGAUUGCGACCUUUGGGGUAAAGGGUGUGGUUCGGCUUCACAAACUGCGCUUCUAAUGGCGCCGGGGGGCCCUACGGCAUCUUCUCGUACGACCUAUAUUGACGGCCGUCGAUUGACUUUUCCUUUUCUUUUUGAUUUCUUUGGUGGUUUCUGCGUGCCGUCUUAAUCGAGGAGUGGUUCUUUUUGCUCUCAGUUUCAGAACGGCCGCCUCGGGGACGGAUUAGUUUACUAAUAAUCGCGAUACCCAAUUAAACAAUUCCUUCAGCCCUCCUUUACAAUAAACAUACAUUUUCAGACUUGCA